GAUACAUGUGCCACUGAGCGUGGAAGAAUACGUUUUUCUCCACACUGUGGAAAUGACAUGUUGUUGUACAGUCCUCGCCUUGUUCAUCCAUGCGAGCAAAACGGUGAGAUCUUCGGGUAAUGUAAUGACGUUCGUCUCACCGAUUUCCCUCAUGAUGAGUCAAUCAGCAAUAAUGCUCUUCCAUCCAUCAUAAUAAUAUCCAACUCUCUGUCCACACAAGUUCAGUUCCUUUGGACUUACUCAGUCUACUUGAAGGACAACAACGACCAACACGAUGCCCAAACUAAUUGGAAAAGCUACUACAGUCGUCGAGCACGAUGGUCUGACCAUUAGCGAAUUAGCCGGUGGCGUGGCCACCAAGGAAGAUGUCAUCUCCAUUGCCAAAGUCACCGUGACAAAACCAACAUCGGAACCGUGGUUGACACUGCUCACUGACGAACGCAUGUGCGUGAUCAAGGGCAAGGUGGAAUUUCAUUAUUACGACGACGACGACAACCAGCAAUUGCAAGUGUUGACGGCCACCGCGGGAGACACGGUCUUGGUAUCCAAAGGAGAACGCUUUCGACCCGUCUUUCCAGAUGGGGAUACCGAGUACAUUCCCGUCUGUACUCCAGCCUUUACACCCGACCGGUGUAUCCGAGAAGACAGUGAAGAGACCAAAAAUGUGGCCGAACGUCUCCAGAAAUUGCACAAGAAGAAAAAAGCAGUAGUGGAACCCUCGGAAAAGCUUUAUCACAUGUGUCAAAAAUCGGCAUGGGAAGAAGCCGUGGCGGCCGGCAAGGCGUAUUAUCCACCCACCUUUGAAGAAGAUGGAUUUUUUACUCAUGCCACCGCCGUACCAGUGCGUCUGAUUGGUACCGCCAAUCACUUUUACACGUCGGUACCCGGAGACUGGAUUUGUAUUGAACUUUCCUACAGCACCUUGAAAGACAAGGCCGGGAUCAUUACCCAAUUUGAAGAGGCCAAGCCAGUCGGCUCCACCAAAGUGUCGGAGGAGUUUGAGAAUUGGAUUUGUCCGCACAUUUUUGGUGGUAUACCAAGUCAUAUUGAAGGUGUGGUCACCAACACGUUUCCCAUGAAACGAGACGACAAAGGCAACUAUCUUUGCAUUGAGGGGUUGACAGACUAGCAAACUAGCUAGCUACAUAGCUUUCAGCAAUCAGCAGUGCAUCCAUCAAAGCUUGAUUGGAUGGACGGGCCAAACAUCGGCACGAUGACAGCAAUAAACUAAAAAAGGCAGAACUUUUCGUGGGAUUUGUGACAAAGUGAGACCAUCAAUGUCAGGAUAGCUUGCUAACUCGCUGUAAAAGUCGCAAACUGUGAGUCCACAGUGAUGAUCAUGUGAUACGGAUAUAAAGGAUCGUGAAGAGUAGUAAACUGACUGCGAAGUGCAACAGGUGCAGUUGUGUGGACAUCACUUUCGAACAAUUUUCACUCAUGCCACAGCCGUACCAGUGCGUCUGAUCGGCAUGACCAAUCACUUUUAGACUUCAGUACCAGGAGACUAAAUUUGAAUUGAACUCUCCUACAGCGCCUUGAAAGACAAGGCUGGGAUCAUUGCCCAAUUUGAAGA